GAAAUAUGAGUGGGCAGGUGGCAUCAACAUUGGAACCUACAGAUCAAGAUUCCUCCCAGCUGGAUGAACCUGUGGUUCAGCCCAGUGUUGAGCAACCUGAACAAGAGGAACCACCAGCUGAGAUUCAGGAUAUCACACCUAGAAAGGAGGAGGUCCAUGGAGAGGAUCCAGUGAAUAGUGAUGAAGAGGAGGAGAAGGAUGCCUCUGAAGAUUCUGGCCUGGAAGCUGAUCUCCAGGAAUUGUCUGUGUCAAAGACUGGGGGUGAAGGUGGAGAUGGUCCUGAUGUCAGGGAGGAGUUUGCAUCAAAUAUAGAGCCUGUUGAAAUGCCAGAAGCAGCAUUGAACAAACCUGGCCAGAAUAGUCUUGACUAA